AUGUCUGUUCGGACGGCACCUGCAGCUUGGGACAAACAACAUACAACUUCCUGGAGAUGGUGGGUUCCUAAUCUUCCCAAGUCACUGGGUGCCAAUAAGUGUGACCGCGAUGAGUGGCCACCGGCAGCAUUCAUGGAGCAAAAAGGCUCACCUUAUGUACAAUGGAUCCGAUUCGUGCCUUCAUCGGCCAACCGCAAAGCAGGCCAGCUCUGGAAAGGAAUCUGUGGCAAACCAAAGAAGCAAACAAAGUGGGAAGGAGGCCCUAUCAGAGACGGCACCUGCACAACAGUUAAAUCGGUCAUCUAUACAUUGAAUGCGAUGAGCAUGUAUUUCAAGAACGUUUUCAGUCAUCCAGGUCUCGAUGACAAUCCCUGUCUGCCUAUUAUCACUGACGAUCCGGGAUUUGCUCUGUUCACGCAAGAUGCAUGGUACGGAGAUAAUGUUCUGGCAGGUUACAAUCCUGCUGCAUACAAGUACAAUCCCGUCUCCUCUCUGACUGCUGGACACAAGAUGCCUCGAGGAUGGUGGAGCAAAAUUGCGAAGCGUUCAGAUCAAGAGGAUGAGCAGAGAUGGGUCGAAAUGGAAACUGAGAUUUUCGAGGCUUUGGAGGAAGUGGCAGAAGGUACCUAUAUUCCUGUGCAGCAAAUGGAUUUUGAUCCUGAGAAAGUCAUCAUCGAUGAGGGUAACUCGAGUCGUUAUGCUACUCCUCAGGAGCUGUGGGAGGAAUUGGGUCUUCUCAAAUGUCGCUCUUACAAUUGUGAGAAGGAGAGAGCCGCUGUUGGCCACUACGAAGCGGAGGAGAUCGAAAGUCAGAUGGCAAUCCCCACUGACCAAGAUUUCCCGGUUCAGACGCCUCCACCAAGUGCCUCGAGAUGGAACCCUGCGUCUGGUCCGAGCAUCCCGCUGGGCCCAAGGGAAACCGGAACAACGCGGACAUCUUCUGAGGGGAAUUGA